AUGUGUAAAGUUAUAUGGACCAACUUAAGGAGAAUUUAUAUGCCAGAACCUACACAAGAACAUUGGUUGAAAAUAGCAGAAACGUUUUUGAGUGUGACAAAUUUCCCUAAUUGUAUCGGCGCAAUCGAUGGGAAGCAUAUACGUAUUGUUAAACCGGCACAUAGUGGAUCUUUGUAUUAUAAUUACAAACAUUUUUUUUCCACCGUUUUAUUAGCUAUAUGUGAUGCAAAUUACUGUUUUAUUGCUGUGGACAUUGGAGAUUAUGGAAAAAAUAGUGACUCGUCAAUAUUCAAAAAUUCAGUAUUUUAUCAAAGACUUAUUAAAAAAGAGCUCAAUAUUCCAGAAAAUUCCUCAUUUCCAGAAGGGGAAGAAUCAAAAUUGCCAUUUGUUAUUAUAGGUGAUGAGGCCUUUGGUUUAUCCCAAAAUGUAAUGAGGCCUUAUGGAGGAAAACAUUUAUCAACAAGAAAAAAAGUGUUCAACUGCAGGUUGUCAAGAGCCAGACGUUUCAUAGAAUGCACUUUUGGGAUUUUUUCGAAUAAAUGGAGAAUCUUUCACAGGCCCUUGAACGUAUCUGAAGAAUUUGCAGAAGACAUUAUAAAAGCAUGUGUAAUUCUACAUAAUUUUGUUCGUAUUCGGGAUGGAAACACGUUGGACUUUGAAGACACAUUAUCAUAUGAAGGACUUAUAGAUGAACACGGAUCACCAGAUAAUACAUCGGGAAAAGCUGCUACCAGUAUACGAGAGUAA